AUGAAGAAGCUCCAAUUGAAGCGCCAUUUGGGAAUUGAUUCUGAGGCAUUUGCUGGUGACCGCCAUGCUCUGAUGACUGGACUGGCUGGCCUGGAGGCCCGCCAGGGGAGCGCUGAAAGGCUACAUUCAAGUGUGAUGUCCCUCGCCUCCGUCUGCAGUUUGGGGUGCGACCAACUGUCGGUCACUUUCUGCUGCUGCGCGGACGGCGCGGGGAGCAGCGCGAGUGGGCGCUGAUGUCGCCUUCGGUGGCAGCGACUCCUGAGCGCAACUGCCACCUGGCGGUGGAUUUACACAUGGCCAACAUGAACGCCGGCAGCGUCAAGGCCGUGGUGGCGGCCAACAGCACGUCGUGGGUGGUGUCCGAAAGGAGCGGGAACGACAGGCGCCGCUGGGAACAGGUCAACUUCAACCUCGGCAGCAUCAGCCAGGAGUUCCUCAUCAUCCUGGAGAUCGUGACAAGCGGUGCCAUGCCUUCGCAUGUCGCCCUUGACAACAUCGCGCUCUUAGACUGCUUCCCCAAGCUGCCGUCCAACGGGUGCGACGGAGCGCUCAAGUUCCGCUGCGGGGACAACUCGUCGUGCCUGGUGCGCGACCAGGUGUGCGACGUCAACGUCGACUGCCCCGGCGGCGACGACGAGGAGGACAGCUUGUGCGACGUGGACUUCCCGGGCACGGAGCCGCGCUGUUCCUUCGAGAAGGGCUGGUGUGGCUGGAACAACACGGUGCAGAAGCCCUUCGCCUGGACGCUGCACCGCGGCGCCUCCACCUCCAACAUCACCGGCCCCACGUACGACCACACGUACGGCAACGCCUCCGGCACCUACCUCUACCUCAACAUGUCGCAGUCGGUGAUGUUCGGCGAGGAGGCCGUGCUGCAGAGCCCCAUCUUCUACCCGCCGCCAUCCGUCGUCGACAACAGCUCUUCGCCUUACUACCGCUCCUGCAAGAUGCGCUUCUACUACCACCACUUCGGGCGGCACAGUGCGGCGCUGGACCUGCGCAUAGUGGAGCUAGGGCCGCGUGCGCAGCGCGAGACGGAGCUGUGGAGCGCCUACGGCACGCGCCUCAACCAUUGGUACCUCUUCAUCGUCGAGCUGCCGCCUAUCGCCCACCGGUACUUCUUCCGGUUUGAAGCCCGGCGCGGGAUGGGCGGCUUAGGGGACCAGGGACUGGACGACAUCUCCUUGAGUCCCGAGUGCUUCGGCAACGGCAUCCCGAAAGAAGCCAAAGGCAGUUACGUUUACGGCUAUUCCUACAUUCGAAACUCAACCAUGAAAGAGCCGCAUCCCGACUUUAUCAACAAGACUUACUACAUGCUGACGUCAUGCGGCAUCAUUGGCCGCCUGGGGCCUCAGCCGUCCAACUGCGAGCAGGCGCCGAACGAAGCGACGGAUGCGCCGGCGGCGGCGGUGGCGGCGUCGGCGACGUCGUCUUCGGCGGCGUCGGCGGCGGCGGCAGAGGCGGCGGCGGAGAUGGCUGCGGCGAAGGGCAUGGCGGUGCGCGGGAGCGUGGUGGUGCUGGCAAAGGACCCCUUCAAGGGCGUGCAGCGUUGGACGGCGCCCGAGGGCGGCUACUACACGCUGCUGGCCAAGGGCGCGAGCGGGGGUUCCGGCGCGACGGGAGGCCCGCGCGCCAAGGGCGCGGCCGCCCGCCUCGUCGUCGAGCUGCGCAAGGGAGAGACGCUUUACGUGCUCGUGGGCCAGGAGGGCAGCGGGGCCUGCUCCAAGCAUCGGAAGUGUACCAACGGGGGCCCCGGACACCAGGCGCCCAAGACCAGCCUCAACCAGCGGCUGGCGAAUGAGCUGCCUCCCACACCGGGUGGCGGCGGAGGCGGAGGGGCCACGUACGUCUUCAAGCUGAACGACAACUGGACGGGGGCAUUGCCGCUGGUGGUGGCGGCGGGCGGCGGCGGGCUGUGCGACGGCUGCCCGGACACCGGUCGGCAGCACGGCCGCGGCGCCUCCGCCCACGCCGAGGAGCACGCGCUCGGCGCCGUCUCGCUCGACCCGCCGCUCGGCGAAGGGUCGGGCGGCAGCGGCGGCGGGUGGCGGCGGCCCGCCGACCUGGCCGGCCCCAAGGACGUGGAGGGCCGCGCGCUGCUGUCUGGCGGCGCGGGCGGCAUGCCCUGCAGCCGCGACCUCUCCGGCACCGGCGGCUUCGGCGGCGGCGGCAGCGGCUGCCGC